AUGGAACCUAUCAUAACCGACCUCCGACGGAUUUCCAAGUACAAAGUUCGCUCCCAUGACACGUCCGAAAAUUCCCACAUCCCUCUCCUACAUUCACAAACCAAAGAUGCACCAGAAAACGGGCCUACAGUCGUCCUCAUCGGCGACUCCAUGCUUGAGCGUAUGCUCACGACCGGCAAGGGGGUCAACUUUGUCGAACCAUGGCCGUCACACGCCAUGUUGACUGACGACACGCUGGGUCGGGUCAAUCUCGGACGGGAGACGAAGCCGGAAGUCACCCGUCUGAACCGCGUUUUCAAUGCCGGUGUGGGGGGCGACAAGAUUCAAAAUGUUGCCUACCGCUUGGCUGGCACACCCGCCACGGAUGGCGGCGACGGGGAGGAGCAGGAGAAAUUAUUACCCGGCCUCUUGCCCAUGUUGGCAGCUUGUGGGACUGUUAAACUGUGGGUUGUUCAUAUGGGAGCGAACAACCUGAAUCCGAAGCGUGGGUUGUCGGCCACUGAUCUGGCAGCGCUGCAAACUCUCAUCUCGGCGUUGGGGCGUGUCAAUGAAGGAAAGAAUAAAGUUUUGGUCACGGGACUGACGCAUAGAAAGGACAUUUCGCGGGAGCUGGUUGUGGCGGCCAACGUGGGUAUCGAGACCAUGGUCAAGGGAUUGGACGCAGAGAUAGGGCCAGCGAGGGUCCUAUUUGCACGGGCACCGGCUGUUGAUACCGAAAAGCAUCUGGAUGACCAUGUGCAUCUUAACCUGGAGGGGUAUCGGCUAUGGGCCGAACAGUUGGUCGUCGAGGUUGUAGAUUCAUUGCAAGUUACAGCUUGA